AAACAACAGUUUUUUAAGCAACAUUUCCGUUGGUUAAUCUGGAACCACGACACAAUCGACGACUUCAAAUACAUGGACUUUGGAGUUGGGAGCCACGUUUACACAGUCACCAAAAUUGGAAUCGAAUACAAAAUCACCUCUUUGUACAAACUCACCUUUAAUUCCACAAACCUGAUCGAAAACGAUUUGGGCACGUGGUCGUAUUUCGGUGGAAUUUCCAUGGCUUAUCACUUCUCCAACGUCAGAAACCGGAGUAACUUGAUGGGGUUGCCGCUGGGCGUCUCCUACGUGAUCAUAAAUCCUGACACGUUGAACCAUUUAGAUGAUUACAGGGAAAAACACAUAGAUUCAAUCACAAAGAACAAUUACAUCCUGACAAACCAUCUGAUUGAGACCAUGAACGCCACGAUUGUUCCCACUUACAGAUCUUCGUGGGGUUACUACAACCAAACCACCAACAGUUACGAUGGCGUAAUUGGUGAUUUGCAAAGUGGGCUAGCGGAAAUUGGUGGUACUCCUUCUUUCAUAACCAUCGAUAGGUUAAAAAUUGUGGAUUUCACAGUCUCCACCACCAAAACCUACUUAAGAUUUAUAUACAGAGAUCCACCUUUGACUUACGUCACCAACAUUUUCACACUACCAUUUGAUACGUAUGUUUGGUACGCUUGCUUCGUUGUUUUUGGUGUCGUUAUGGUCGCUACUUAUGUUAUAGUUUAUUGGGAGUGGAAGGAUCCGAUUUUUAGUGAAACCUUGAACUGUCACGACUUCAUUGCACCUUUAAAACCGGACAUUUGUGAAAUUUGUAUAGCUGAGGUGGGAUUGAUCACCCAACAGGGAACGGAGUGCGAACCUAAAAGUAAUGGUGGAAGAAUCGCCACCAAACAUUGUUGCUUUGCUACAAUCUACAACUGA